AACGCAUCCUCAGAUAUCAAUGACUCAAUGUAUUUGUUUAAAUUAAUGGAUGAAGUUGUUCAGGAAGUUGGGCCAGAUAAUGUUGUCCAGGUUGUGACUAAUAAUGCCUUUAAUUUCAAAAAGGCUGGUACUUUACUUAUGGUGAAGUAUCCCACCUUAUACUGGACAUCUUGUGUAGCCCAUUGUAUUGAUUUGAUGUUCAAGGACAUUGGUGAGAUGAACAAAAUGCAGACAUUGGUUUCUGAUGCCAAGAUGAUCACCAACUUCAUCUACAAUCACAGCUGGGUGUUGGCAUUGAUGAGAAAGUACACAAAAGGUGACUUGGUGAGGCCCGCAGCAACAAGGUUUGCAACAAAUUAUAUUGCACUUGAUAGUAUUCAAAAACGGAAGGAAUGGCUAGUUAAGUCAUUCACCUCUAAUGAGUGGUUCAGUUGUAGAUAUGCAACCACUGAAAUUGGAAAAACCAUUCAAGACCUAAUCACCUCAACAAAGUUUUGGAAAAGGAUAUACCGAUUUACUAAGAUUAUGCAACCUCUAUUUGUGAUACUUAAAGUAGCUGAUGGUGAUUAGGCACAGACGAUGGAAAAUAUACUGCAUUGUAUGGAAGUUGUCAAACAAAAGAUAGAAGAGGAGAACCCAAAGUCAUUUAAGGCAUUUUUGAAGAUUAUAAAUCGUCGAUGGGAGAUAAUUUGGUUCAAGACCUUCAUCGGGCAGCCUAUUAUUUGAAUCCGGAUUUGCACUACAAGAACAAUUUAAGGUUUAGGAAAGAUUUGAUGGAAUCUUUGAAGGAUGUUAUUAACAAGUUAGCUCCUAAUAUUGAUUCGGCCAAAGAUGCAGUUGAAGAGGUGAAGUACUUCCGAGAGGCCACUCAAAGGUUUGCUGAUCAUUUAGCUAUCUGUGCUAGAGGAAUACAACGCCCUGGUAAUUUAGGCUUAAUCAGCUAUCCUUGUAUUUCAAAAUUAUUUCAAACUCCUAAUGUUGCAAUUAUCUUUGUACAAUUGAUUGGUGGAUGAACUAUGGAUGGAGCGCUCCAAACUUGAGGCCAAUCGCAAUGAAAAUAUUAUCAUGCACGACAUCCUCAAGUGGUUGCAAACGUAGCUGGAGUACGUUCGGAUUGAUACACACCAAACCUCGGAAUCGUCUGAGUUAUGAGAAGCUGGAGAAGCUAGUGUAUGUGCACUACAACAUGAAAUUGAAGAUGAAAUAUUUAGAAUUGGAGAAAUCAGGGGAUGAUAUUGAUGUCAACCCAAUUGACAUCACCCAUAUACUCGACGAGGAAGAUCCAGUUAGGGGAUGGAUUGAGGAGACUGAAAAUGUUUUAUUGUUGGACAAAUUAUCUGAAGAUCGACGAGAAACCGCACCUGAUCCCAUUAUAGAGGACCUCAUUAGAGAUAUAAAUGAAGAUUUUAAAAAUAUUGUUGAUGAUGAAACCCAAGCACCGUUAGCUAUGGAAGAGGAUGAUGAUAGCUCCAAUGAUGGCGAUAUUAG